GCAGAUUUUGCUGAAAUUUCCUCACUUUCAUUCACUUGCUACGAAUAUUGUGAUUGUGAUUAGGUACACAUUUCCGAAAUGAAACAAACGACUGAAAAGUUUGAUGUGGCUAAGUACUUCAUAGACAUCCUGGACAAGGAUGACAGCCUGUCGUCCGGAAUCGCCGCAAUCAAAACUCUGCUAAUGGUCCUGGAGAAGACUAAGUUCGACACCGUCCAGGAGUUCCACUCCACCAUCCAAGCGGCGGUCCAGUCGAUGCGCAAUACGGACAAACCGAUGACCUCGGUCGUAUCGGGGAGUGAACUCUUCUCCCGCUUCAUAACGUUGGCCAAGUUCGACGACAAGACGAUGGACGAAGUGCGGGAAAUAAUGCUCAGCCGGGGCAAGAGCUUCCUGGCCAAGCUGCUGGAGAGUCGAAACGUGGUUGCCAAGCAAGCUACCAGCUUCAUCAGCGACGGGUGCCGAAUUUUGACCCAUGCUCGGUCGCGAACCGUACGGGACACGUUGAUUCUGGCGGCCAAGAUGAACAAGCGCUUCCACGUGUUCGUGACGCAGAGCUUUCCCGACAAGGAAGGCGAACAGAUGCAAAAGGAACUGGAGGCGGAGGGAAUCGACUGUACGAUGAUUCUGGACUCCGCUGUGGGAUACGUGAUGGAAACGGUCGAUAUGGUGUUCGUGGGAGCUGAAGGGGUGGUGGAAAGCGGUGGCAUUAUUAACCGGGUCGGAACCUUCACCAUGGCCAUGUGCGCUCGGGAGAUGAAGAAACCGGUCUACGUUCUGGUGGAAAGCUUCAAAUUUAGCCGAUUGUAUCCGCUGAAUCAGCGGGAUCUACCGAACGACUACAAGUAUUCGAAGAGCAGUCUAAGCGAUAUCUCGAAAGCACAUCCCCUGGUAGACUACACGCCUCCAGUUUAUAUAACGCUCCUCUUUACCGAUUUGGGAAUACUGACACCCUCUGCCGUUAGCGACGAAUUGAUUAAAUUGUAUCUGUGAGGAAAAUUGUGCGAUAGUUGUUUGGUAAGAAAAUGCAAUGCAAAAUUAUAA